GUGGUCAAGAGAUUUCUUCCACGGUCUAAGAUGUUGAGGCUCACGCGACGGAGGCAGAUGCGCAAUCUUGGGCAUGACAUGGUCGGAGGCAAGGUGAUCCGCACGGUGGCCAAGGGUCGAUUGCGUAACCUGCAGAAGAGGAUGGGUCGCGUCAAAGUACUCCAAGCUGCUGCUGGCUCCAAAGUGGGGGCCAUUUGGCGGUCUGGUGUGCUUGCUGGUGCUGCGCGUGGCAGCUCGGUCCUGGGAGUGCCUGGUUGUGACUUGAAGCAGUUGCGGCAGACGGCUGGGGUGAUUACUGGAGUUCAUGCUAAGGGCGUCAGCGUCACGGCCUAUUUGGCUACGCAGAGGGAUAAGUACAUGGAUCCCAUCUUCGAAGCGACGCUGAACAUGGUGUACAUGUAUGCCUGCUUCGUGAUCGAGGUGCGCUUGGACAUGGGCAGGCUCGAGCGGAUGUUCGCGAGCUCCUACGGCUUGGAGUGCAGCGUUGGCAAGGACGGAGGAUCCUUGAGCACCAUGUCGAGCAUCUCGAAG